AUGGAGGAAACCCACCGGGGCUGGAAGGCCCAUGUCUGCUCCCACGAGGAGGACGCGGGGGUCGUCUGCGCAGACCCCCGCCCGGCUGGGACCCCCCAGAGCAGCUCCCGGAGAAAGAGCCCCCGGCCGCCCAAGCAGGCCAAGUCCACCAGGGCCCCGCUGCUGACGGCCGGAGCCCCCCGCCAGGAGCGGCUGCGCCUGGCCUCGGGCCCCCACGGGUGCCCUGGCCGCAUGGGUCCCCCCACCCCCACCCCCCAGGUCUCCCCUUGUCUGAUGCAUCGUGGAUGGCAGGGAUGCAACAACUCCAAGUCCGGGACCACUUCCUCCAGGCCCCCGCCCCCCACGGCGCGCCCCGCCUUGAGGACCGCAGACAUCUCCCAGCCGCUGACCUCCCCCACGGCCCUUUGGGAGCCUGGGCCGGAAGCUGGCUCCCCGCAGCUGCGGCUGGUGGCCGGGCCCAGCAGAUGCUCAGGCCGGCUGGAGGUGUGGCAUGCCGGGCCCUGGGGCACCGUGUGUGACGACAGCUGGGGGACCCCCGGCCUGGACUCCAUCGCAGACCCCUUCAGCUGGAGCUGGCUCCCCGACCUGGGCAGAGACCCGGACGACUGGCUCCCGGGGGAGCCGGCCACCAAGCCCCCCGCAGGGCUGAGCUCCACUGCCCCCGAGAGAACCACCCAGGCCCCCGGGAAGAUGCCCAAGAGCACCAAGAAGUGGGUGACCAAGCACCCAAAGAGGCCGGCCACUCCGGCCCCCAGGACGCCGACCACUAAACACUCCAGGAGCCCAGGCACACGGGGCCCCCCUGAACUGACCUCCCAGACCACCGCAGCCCUGACCACCGAGGCCCCCCGCAAGCUGACCUCACAUACCAGCACAACGCCGACCCCCCGAACCCCCUGGGAGCGAACCUCUAAGACUAUGACAAUGACGACCACUCAAGAUCCUGGAGAGGUAACCUCUCUGUCCCCGGUGGAGCCAUCAGCCAAGACCCCAGCGGAAGGCCCUUCAGUGUCAUCCAAAGACCCAGCCCCCUCCCCCACCGGGGGCUCCCCGGGGGGAUCAGGCCCCUUCCGGGUUCGUCUGGCCGAUGGGCCUAACCGGUGUGCCGGCCGGCUGGAGGUGUGGCACGCUGGACUCUGGGGGACAGUGUGCGAUGACAAGUGGGACCUGCGGGACAGCACCGUGGCCUGCGGGGAGCUGGGCUGUGGACGCGUCCGGCCCCGCGUGGGCAAAACCCACUACGGUCCGGGGACCGGGCCCAUCUGGCUGGACGACGUGGGCUGCAAAGGGACGGAGGCCUCGCUGAGCGACUGCCCCGCAGGGCCCUGGGGACAGCACAACUGCGGCCACGAGGAGGACGUAGUGCUGACCUGCACUGGCCACGCCGACGAGGAGGACUACCCCGCCUGGACCUGGGACCCCACCUCCGGAGAGGACCUGGCCCAGGGCACCCCUGCUGCAGGGGCGCCUGGACACACUGCCUCCUGGGGCAGCACCCGGAGCCCUGGGGUCCCCUCCCCAGAGAUGAGGCGCCUCCCGGGCCCAGGUGAGGAGCAUGGCCAACGACGGCGGGGCCUCCAUGCACCCCCUGCAGGGGUUCCACAAAGACCCUCCUGGCUGAGUUGGCCUGGGUCGCAGGCCCCCAUGACCCUUAGCACGACCACUACCCCUCACCUCACCAUGACCCCGCAUGCCACCACGACCCCUCACCCCAUCACGAUCCCUCACCCCACCACAACCCCGCAACCAGCCACAGCUGCUCACCCAGCCACAACCCCUUUCCCCACCAGGACCACUCACCUCCCCACGACCUCUCACCCCACCACCACCGCUCAACCCACAUCAACCCCUAAUCCCAUCACAAUCCCUUACCCUGUCACUGCCCCUCACUCCACCACGACCCCUCGCCCCACCACGACCCCUCACCCUACGACCACUCCUCACCCCGCCUUGGCUCCUGGCCCUACCUCAGCCCCUGUGGUCACCACUAAGUCCCUUCUAACUUCCUUGGAGACAGAACUCCCCUUCCCCACUCCCGCACCGACAGCCAAGCCCAGCCUGCACCCCCAGUGGACCUUCACGGGGGCCCCUCGUCCCUCCCCACCCCAUGUGUCGAGCCUAGAGCCCUCUCCAGACUCAGCGUCCAACCCCUCCAGCCCCCCUCCAGCCCCAAGCACGGACGCCCCAUGCACGGAGGACUUCAAGCCAUUCAGCAGCCAGGGCCACGGACUAACCCCUCCACCUCCUCAGACCCCGCACGCAGCCCCUGACCCCACUGUGAGGCCGGACCUCCACCUGCCCCCCAUGGCCCACCCCGUAGAGCAACCUCCUCCUGACAAUCUCACCCCGGGGCCAAUCCCCGGCCAGAGCUCAGGCCCUCUCGGCCCCUGCGUGGCCCCGGUGCCACCUGUCAGGGUCAUGGCUUGCGAGCCGCCUGCCCUGCUGGAGCUGGUGGCUGCCGUGAGGGAUGUGGGCAGCCAACUGCAGGGGCUGACCCAGGCCCUGGAGCGGGACCUGCGGGAGCGCCAAGCCCUGGGACUGGGGCUGACCCAGCUGGUGGAGGCUGCCCAGGGCCUGGGGCAGCUGAGUGAGGUUGUGAAGAGACUGGCGGAGGUCGCCUGGCCCCCCAGCACACCUGCCCCAACCACCACCACCCCAGAGGAAGAAGAGAGGCCCCUCCGGGGAGACGUGUGACCCUCUCUGGGACCUGAGGGGCGUGAGACAUUCCCAACCAAAAAAGGAAAACCAAAGUAUCAAAUUAAAACCAGAUGUGGGUGACGUUUCUGGGGGACUAGAGGAGCCCCUG